AUGACCACCGAUUACCAUACGCCGGUUCACUUGAGUUGCUACCCGGGUAGCAACUACCGGCGGUACCUACUUGUAUCUACCUCCCGAUUCACCAGUGUAACCGGUAGCUGUUUGUAUCGACUUCCCGAUUCACCUUUGGCAGGCUCCCAUUGAAUAUUCCUCUAAAGCGAUUUUUAUGGUUUAAUGAAAGGUUUAUGGAUUUUGGUACUAGCAAGAAAACCUUCAGGAAAGGACGAUCAAGCCCCCUCCGCAGAGAAAUCUCGACUCUCUGUUCAACUUCAGCGGCUCUUUCCACUUCAACCAGCAUCAACUCGCCAUUUCCGGAUUCUUCAAGAACGAGGUCCUCCAGCGCGUCUACGUCAACGACGACAUGCACUCGUACGUCUUCUUCUUUCAUUUUGAUUCUUUUAUCUUUUUUCAGUAUGAAAUGA